AUGGGAGGAACAGGGACUUCGCGUUCCGAUAAGGGAAGCAAUCGUGAUGAAUUAAAGACGAAGUUGGACAAGUUGCAGAAGCAACAACUUCAACAGACGCGGUCUAGCGAUGAUAGCACGAACUCGAGAUCUCCAUUCUCGAAUGUGUUAGGUAAAAGAGAUAAUAGAUCAUCCUUGCCCGUGUUUGCUGGGAGUUCUGCGCAUGCUGGGGUAAUAAAUGCGAACUCAGGCGAAGAUGUUAAUUUUGUGGUUGGAUUGAGUGAGAACUUGCUUCUGGAGUGUAGGCGAUUGCAAUCUGAAAACGAGCGUAAAUCCAGCAAAUUGCAAACGCUAGAAGCUGACUACAAUAAACUAAAGACAUCUUUCGAACGCUUAUCUUCGAAACAUGAGUCGUUAACUCGGAAUGAAGAUUCUCUAAAGGACACUAAUUGGCAGUUGGAGAUGAAGUUACAGAGCCUAGCGCAGGAGCUCAAUAAGCUAACAGAUGCCUUCAACAAGAAUAAGUCAGAAUUACAAAGGCAGAUGGAAGUGGCAAAAGACAUGAAAACAGAACUCGAAGAGAGUUCUUUGGAAAAGAUGGGAUUGAAAUCGGAAUUGGAGGCCACAAAACAAACUCACAUUAACGAGAUGAAGGAGCUAAAACACCAAGUGGAGGAACUUAAUAACGAGAAUGAUGAUUUGCAUACGAAGGUUAAUGACCUUAGGGAGAAAGUCGCUCUACUAGCAGAAGAAAGGGAGGUAACGAAAUCCAAGGUUCCAACCGAUUCUGCUGAACAAGCAGACUCUCUUUCAAGAUCACUUUCAACCGGCGAAAAUCAAUUGAACCCGCACGAUUCUAAUAAAAAUGAAGCCAACUCUGAAGGAUCUCAUACCGAUAGCCCGCACCUUGAGUACCAGACUUUGCGUAGCAACUUGGCCCAUGCUAAUCAGACUAUUAUUAAGCUAAGGCAAAAACUUAAUAGAUCCAAACCCGAAAGUGCAGUAAAUUCACCACUGCAUUUAAAAACACCUAGAGGUAAAUCUAAAGCAGGGCUUCAGUUUGUAGGUGGAAAGGUAUCUACCCCUCAAAAGUCUAUUAUAUCUAAUGUUAGUGAUCAAGGAAGUGAUUGGAAUUCAACAAACUCACCAACUUCCAUAGUGCACGAUGACUCGAGUGAUUUUGAAACUACUAGUUUUAUUUCUGAAGCAACAGAUUAUAUGGGGGAACGCAUUGGUGAUGACUUUUCCGGAGAAGAAGAUUUCUCUCAUGAAUUGGAUUACGAGGAUAUAGAGAGAUAUGCAAAGGAUCAUAAUUUGGCCAUUAUUGCUUCUUCCGAAUUAGAACAACUCAAAGAGCAAGCUUCUAAUAGUUCUCAAAAUCAAGUCAAAAUUGAAGAAAUAGAGACUCAGAUCAAGAACUUAGGCUUUUUUGAUACCUCGGCAGUCGAUUUAAAGAACGGAGAUAUUUCUCAAAUAUUCCAACACCCAACAGAAGAGUAUCUCAUUACCCAUCUCAGAGACUAUAGCCUAACAGCGCUAAACAACGAUGUGUACAAUUCUAUCAUGAAUCCAUCAAUCGAUGAACUAAAUGAAAAGGCAUCACAGAAGGGGUUCACUUUACUGGCAAAAGAUGAACUAUCUCAACUCUCAAACCCAGGAAUUAAUGACUUGAGGACAAUCGCGGCUCGUCACGAGCAUGUGGUUCUACCUAAGGAUGAGUAUAAUAAGUUGGUUGAACCUAAUGUCGAAGACUUGAAGAGUCAUGCUGAACGCCAAGGACAUGUGGUUCUACCUAAGGACGAACAUGAUAAAUUGACGGAACCUAACGUUGAAGACUUGAAGAGUCAUGCUGAACGCCAAGGCCAUGUGGUUCUACCUAAGGACGAACAUAGUAAGUUGGUUGAACCUGGCGUUGAAGACUUGAAGAGUCAUGCUGAACGCCAAGGCCAUGUGAUUCUACCCAAGGAAGAGCAUAGUAAGUUGGUUGAACCUAAUGUUGAAGACUUGAAGAGUCAUGCUGAACGCCAAGGCCAUGUGAUUCUACCCAAGGAAGAGCAUAGUAAGUUGGUUGAACCUAACGUUGAAGACUUGAAGAGUCAUGCUGAACGCCAAGGCCAUGUGAUUCUACCUAAGGACGAACAUAGUAAGUUGGUUGAACCUGGCGUUGAAGACUUGAAGAGUCAUGCUGAACGCCAAGGACAUGUGGUUCUACCUAAGGAAGAACAUAGUAAGUUGGUUGAACCUAAUGUUGAAGACUUGAAGAGUCAUGCUGAACGCCAAGGCCAUGUGAUUCUACCUAAAGACGAACAUGAUAAAUUGACGGAACCUGGCGUUGAAGACUUGAAGAGUCAUGCUGAACGUCACGGUCAUGUGAUUCUACCUAAGGACGAACAUAGUAAGUUGGUUGAACCUGGCGUUGAAGACUUGAAGAGUCAUGCUGAACGCCAAGGCCAUGUGAUUCUACCUAAGGACGAACAUAGUAAGUUGGUUGAACCUGGCGUUGAAGACUUGAAGAGUCAUGCUGAACGCCAAGGCCAUGUUGUUCUACCUAAAGACGAACACAACUCACUUCUACACGAAAUUGAUAAUCCAAACAUUGAAAAAAUCGAAGAAUCUCUCAGUGGUUCUAAUGCAACCAUUCUUUUGACACGACUAGCUGAAAAACAAGGUCUAGUACCCGUGGAUGCUUCUGAAUAUGAAACAUUGAAUAAUCUUGUCAAUUCUCCAGAUCGUAAAUAUUUGGAUGAAAAGUUGAACAACUUGGGCUAUACUAGCCUAACUAUCCAAGAAUAUUCGGAGUUGAAAAGAAUCAAAGAUUCACCUUCUUUGGAUUUCCUAGCGGAAAAGGCAGAUGAGGAAGGAUACAUUAUAUUAUCCAAACCCGAUCACUCUGAACUACUCAGAAAGUCCUCCAACCCCUCUCUCGAAGAAAUGAAAUCCAUAGCUUCUGUGACGGGACACUUAGUUGUAUUACAAGAUGAAUAUGACCAGUUACAAAAAUCUAUUUCCCAUCCUUCCAAACACUAUAUCAUCCAAGAGGCACAUAACCUAGAUCUUGUUGUCCUUGAAAAGUCUGAAUACGAUGAUUUAGUUACCAAAAGUAGCAAUAAGGAUUCAAUUAUAGAAUCAAUUAAGGGUUUCGGUUUUGUGCCAGUUCCUAUGGUUGAUUUCAAAACCUUAAAAGCUCAAUCAGUUGACAAUGCAGAUUUAGAUACCCUAAAGGAAAGGAUAUCAGGGCUAGGUUAUGUAACUGUAACGAAGGAUGAAUAUGAUAUUUUGUCUGAACCCGCCGUCAACAAGAUUACAGCGGAUGAAACUAUUGAUUUGUGUAACAAAUACCAUCUCAAACCGAUCGCUAUUGAUGAGUAUUUGAAAUUGCAGGAAAAUUCAAAAGCUGCUGUGCUAUCAGAGGAUGAAUUGAUCGAAAAGGUGAGAAAUCAUGGACAUACUGUAGUAGACUCCAUAAAAUAUGAACAAAUGCUUACUGAAAUCGAGAAGCCUGAAUUGCAGUAUUUGACAGAUCACCUCUCCUCUUUCAACAUGAUUGCAGUGAACAACGAUGAAUUUAGUAAAAUCAAAGAAAUUAGCGAGAGUCCUACCUAUGAAUUCUUAGAGGAGAAAGCUAAGCAAAUGGACUUUGCACUUCUCUCUUGCAAAGAUUUGGAUAAUAUGAAGUCCAGAAUCGAACAUCCAUCUCAAGAAGAACUAGAGAAGGGCGCAGAGUUAUUGGGCUUAUCAUUAAUCCCCUCAGACAAUUUAGCAGAUCUACGAAAAUCAAUUGAAGAACCUUCAACCUCCUACUUAGCCAACAAAGCUGACAAUAUUGGAAAACGAUUAGUUGACAAGAUUGAAUAUGAAACCAUUUUACGAAAAUUAGAAAAGCCUACAACAGAAGAACUCGAACAUUAUGCAGAGCUAAUCCAUCACAAGAUUUUACCAAAGGUUGAAUAUGACGAACUUGUCAGAAAGGUGGAAAAGCCAACUCCAGAGGAGGUUGCCAAAUACGCUGAGCUAGUGGAGCACAAGACACUACCAAAAUCUGAACACGAAGAACUUGUCAGAAAAGUGGAAAAGCCAACUCCAGAGGAGGUUGCCCAAUAUGCUGAAUUGGUUCAACACAGAACUUUACAUAAGGCUGAAUAUGAAGAACUUGUCAGAAAAGUGGAAAAGCCAACUCCAGAGGAGGUCGCCAAAUACGCUGAGCUAGUGGAGCACAAGAUUUUAACAAAGGUUGAAUAUGACGAACUUGUCAGAAAGGUGGAAAAGCCAACUCCAGAGGAGGUAGCCCAAUACGCUGAACUCGUGGAGCACAAGACACUACCAAAAUCUGAACACGAAGAACUCGUCAGAAAAGUGGAAAAGCCAACUCCAGAGGAGGUUGCCAAAUAUGCCGAGCUAGUGGAGCACAAGACACUACCAAAAUCUGAACACGAAGAACUUGUCAGAAAAGUGGAAAAGCCAACUCCAGAGGAGGUUGCCAAAUAUGCCGAGCUAGUGGAGCACAAGACACUACCAAAAUCUGAACACGAAGAACUUGUCAGAAAAGUGGAAAAGCCAACUCCAGAGGAGGUAGCCCAAUAUGCUGAGUUGGCUCAACACAGAACUUUACAUAAGGCUGAAUAUGAAGAACUUGUCAGAAAAGUGGAAAAGCCAACUCCAGAGGAGGUUGCCAAAUACGCUGAGCUAGUGGAGCACAAGACACUACCAAAAUCUGAACACGAAGAACUUGUCAGAAAAGUGGAAAAGCCAACUCCAGAGGAGGUUGCCCAAUAUGCUGAAUUGGUUCAACACAGAACUUUACAUAAGGCUGAAUAUGAAGAACUUGUCAGAAAAGUGGAAAAGCCAACUCCAGAGGAGGUUGCCAAAUACGCUGAGCUAGUGGAGCACAAGACACUACCAAAAUCUGAACACGAAGAACUCGUCAGAAAAGUGGAAAAACCAACUCCAGAGGAGGUUGCCCAAUAUGCUGAAUUGGUUCAACACAGAACUUUACAUAAGGCUGAAUAUGAAGAACUUGUCAGAAAAGUGGAAAAGCCAACUCCAGAGGAGGUUGCCAAAUACGCUGAGCUAGUGGAGCACAAGACACUACCAAAAUCUGAACACGAAGAACUUGUCAGAAAAGUGGAAAAACCAACUCCAGAGGAGGUUGCCAAAUAUGCCGAGCUAGUGGAGCACAAGACUUUGUCUAAGCUUGAGUACGAAGAACUUGUCAGAAAAGUGGAAAAGCCAACUCCAGAGGAGGUCGCCCAAUAUGCUGAACUCGUGGAGCACAAGACACUACCAAAAUCUGAAUUUGAGAAGCUCAUCAAGAAUGAUGCCCUUUCUAUUGAUGGGUUAAAGGUAUUGUGCCAGAAAUACGGAUACACCUGCGUUUCUAUUGAAGAGUACGACCAAAUGAGAUCCGUAUACGAAGACCCUUCUGCCGAAUUCUUAGCAGCAAAGGCAUUGGAAAAACAGUUAGUACUUGUAUCUGCCAAUGAUCAUACUCAAUCAAAGGAAUCUACCAAACUAGAAUCAAAUGCAGUUAUAGAGGAGCGAGAAAAAGUAGCACAAACCGAGAAGACUUCCGAAAAAAAUAAAGAUCCUGCCAGCCCCGAAUCCGACAGUAUUCGCGACAAAAUACAAAACAAAGGCCAUGUUUUGAUUGACACUGAAACGUUUAACAAUAUCAAAUCAUCUCACCCAGAAAGAAUUUCUAAGCAAGAACUGAUAGAUCUCUGCUCUAAGCUUAACCUAGUUCCUCUACCCGAUGCUCAUUAUGCUGAAUUAAGAAAUCCAUCUAUUGAACGUAUUAAAGAACUAGCACAAUCAGAGGGAUUAGUUGCAAUUGAUCGUACCGAGUUGGAUGCAAUUACAAUCCAGGCAGAGAACCCAUCAGAAGAUUCCAUCAUAGCUAUGGCUCCAAAGUACGGCUAUAAAGUUAUCAGAGCAACAGAGUUUGAAAAUUUACAAAAUGAAGCAAGAAAACUUUCUUCUCCAUCUAAAGCAGAUGUUGAGAAACUUGCAGCUAGAUUGAACUUAGUCGUUUUAGCUGAAGAAUCAUAUGGAAAUUUGUUGGAAGAGUUGAAGAAGGCAAGCAUUGCAACGUCAAUUUCACCAACUUCAAAAGUUGCUGCAAGUAAGUUAUACUUUGAAAAUGUGAUAAAAAAGGAGAAUGGAAUUGGAAAUGAAGUAAUGCUAGAGUCAGGAAAAUCAUUGGGCUUUGUGAGAUUAUCUAAUGACGAAUAUAAGAAGCUAUUAGAGAACCAGCAAAAACAUGAGUUAACUAAGUCGGACAUUUACAAUGGUGCAAAGAUGUUUGAUUUAAGAGUGCUUCCUGUGGAAGAAUAUAAGAGUCUAUUACAGCGUAAGAGUACAAAAGACAAUAUCACUUACGAUGACCUUCAAAUAUAUGCUUCUAGGUUUGCACUAAAGCUAGUUCCUGUAGACUUCACCUUACCAAAGGAGCAAACUUCCAUCAACCCCCAAACUUCUAAGGAAAAGUCAGCAUAUGAGCUGCGUGCUAAUCAUAGUAGGAACAUUUCAACAACAAGUUUCUCAUCAACAGAAAGUAGCGAAUCUUACUACUAUGAAGCCGAAGAACCUAAUAAUUCGUUAAUUCUGAAGAAGCUGGCUUCAAAGUCUAGUAUGGCAUCUAAUUCUACACAUUAUACGGAUGCUCGUGAUUACUCUGAAAUUGAGGGCGAUGAUGUAUCAAUAGCCCCUACUAUUAAAGAUGAUGGACCAACUUUAGAGGAUCUCAAAAGACAUGCAGAAGUAUUCGGCUACGUAUUGGUACAAAAGGGUGCCGAACACCAAGUAGACUCAGUGGUAGACGAUAAAUCAGUUUCAAAUACGUUGAGUAGAGAUGAUAUAUACUCUGCUGCUCCUCGUUUCGGAUUAACAGUGCUUCCACUAGAUGAGUUUAGGGAAAUAGAGAAGAAUGCAAAAUCAUUCAAAGAGUUAACACCUGAGAAUAUCAAAUCAGCCGCUGAUAAAUUCGGACUAGUUAUCUUAGCGUCUUCUGAACACCAUAAGUUAUUGAAAAAUUCAACAAUUCAACCAACUCCAGAAAUAACGAAAGAUAAUAUUGAACAAAAGUCAAGAGAGUUUGGAUUUGUACCGGUGAAAACGAAUGAUUUCCUCAAACUAAUAAAACCUGACAGUAUCGAAGAUAUAACGGAGAAAGCAUCUAAACUUGGUAUGGUGACAUUAACUGAAGAAGAGUAUUCCUCCAUGACUAAACCUAUAAGUCAAGAGGUUCUAGAAUCAAGAGCGAAGGAAUUAGACUUAGUGACGUUGAGCUCCCUGGAAUAUGCGACACUAACAAAACCAUUGACAUUAACAGAUAUCAAAGACAAAUGCGAAGAGUAUGGGUACGUUGCUGUUACAAAAGAAAUUUACGAGGACUUGUCAAAUAAAUACGAUGAAACCUCAAUUUCCAGAUGGGCCAAAGAAAAUGAUAAAGCUAUAAUCUCUAAAGAAGAAUACGAUGCUUUGUUAGAUCUAGAAGACCAAAAGGCGUCCACUAUGAUGACAAAGGAAGAAUUGGUAGAAAAGGCACAUGAAUUGAAUAUGAUUCCAAUAGAUGCUGAUAAAUUUGAUGAAAUCCAGCGUGAGUUGGCCUCUUCUGGCCUUCACAACAUGACGGAAGAUGACAUUAUGUUGAAAGCUAAAGAUUUUGGGCUUGUCACAGUUCCCGCCUCUGAAAGUGUAGAUAAUUUGAAACAAAGCCUAAACAAGGAUGAUUUAACAGUUUUAGCACAUGAUAUGGGAUUGGUGCCUAUUCCAAUAGAGCAAUUUGAGCAAAUCAAAAUGGAAUUAGAAUCGCCAACUUUAACAAGGGAGCAAAUUGUGGACCAUGCAGCGGAAUUUGACCUAAUCGCCAUAGACAUAAUGGAGUAUAAACGUUUGAAAAAGGGAUCCUAUUUGAUGGACAACGAUGAGGAAUUCGAUAGCGAUGACGAAGAUGAGGAAGAUGAGAUGGAGCUCGUGGAUUCUGAAAUAAAACAUCUCAACAAAACAGCUAAAAGGUUUGGUUUACUUUGUAUCCCAGAAAGUGCCUUUGUGGCUACAUCUAAUGCAAAUACUCCAGAUGUUCAUAACGUGGUGGUUCUUCCUAUUAAAUAUUACAAUACGCUUUUACACCAAGAGUCUGAAAACUGGGCAAAGGUUACCGAUGAAAGGUUGCAAGCGGAAGCUAAAAAACGUGGUUUCCAAAUUGGCGUUAAUUUGCGCAAAGACUUCGGAGAAAUGCCCACUUAUGAUCACAGGAGAACCUCUUCAACAAGUACUCGUUCAAUGAUUUCCGAGGAUGCUAGAAAAUCUAUGUCUCAAGCAGCUUCAACUGCUGCGAUGGCAGAAUUAGAGAAUCAAGGUAGAUCAAGAGCCCCAUCAAGAGCAUCUUCAAUAAGACGUGCCCCACCUUCCAUACAAACCAAUCAUGCAUCUGUUAUGACCAACAGCGAAUCGAUUGGUACAGGACUCUCUUUGGCUACUAUGGCAUCGCUAAAUGCUCCAAGUAUUAUACCUGCACUAACACAAACCAUGAUUGGUGAAUACCUUCAUAAGUAUUACAGAAGCUUGACAUCAAUCUCACAUCCAUCACGCCACGAGAGAUAUUUCUGGAUUCACCCUUACACGCUAACAUUGUACUGGUCCAGCUCCAAUCCCGUUCUUGAAAAUCCGGGAAGCAACAGGACAAGAGCAGCUGCUAUCAUGGGUGUAGAAAGCGUUGAUGAUUCAAACCCUUACCCUGCAGGUUUAUACCAAAAGAGCAUUGUCGUGAAGACCGAAGGUCGUGACAUUAAAUUCACAUGUCCAACAAGACAAAGACACAACAUAUGGUUCAAUUCCUUACGUUAUUUACUACAAAGAAACCUAAACGGGAUCAGCUUGGAUGAUAUGUUACAGGAUGAAGGGAAUGCCGAACCCAAUCCGAUUUACCAGCAACCUGGGGAAACACCACAGUCAGCUAUCCGCAGAUUGUCUUCAACGAGAAGAGCUAGCUCCUCUUCGAAUAUCAGACAAUCUAGCUCAAAGUGGUCACUGCGUGCUACUUAA